UAUGCUCCUACAACUUGUGGACAAUAAUUGUAAAGAUUUAUGUAUUGAAAAUAAGAUAUGCUUAUAUUGUGAAAUAUCAUACACCAGCCCUCAAAAUUUUAAUAUAAAUUUUAGUUAAAGAGUCAAAUCAAUGAAUAAUAAAUAAUUUCUUGAAUAUGUACAAGUAGAUAAUGAAAUUUUAGCAAUUAUGAAUAUUUAAUGUAAAAUAUAAUAUUUAAUUACUCUCUAUGUAACAAUAAUCAUUAAAUUUUGCUAGGCGAUAAAUGCUAAAUUUCAGAAUGCAAGAAGUGCUAGACUAUAUUUGAAUUCAUAUACAAGAUUAUAUAUCAGUUUUCAAAUAAUCCAACAGCUUAAUAUUUAUUAAUCCAUUUAUUUCUAAAUAUUUUAAAACAUUUAUAUAGAUGAACUUUUUUAAUGUUCAGAAUUUAUUCAUCUCAUUUAUUCUUAAAAAUUAGCCUGUUUGAUAAAAACUGAUAAAGAUGUUAUUUAUUAGUAGAAAUGA